ACAGGACAUAUGAGCUGCGUUAGCCUGUUGAACCUCCAGAAUUGAGGACCGCCGCCAUUGUUGUCUCCUCCAUCGCACAAAGACGUCCAUGUUAUCUAGAAAUCGAUCGAGAUACGCAAUUUGACAAAAUUACCGAGCAGUCUCCUGAGGAAAUUUCAUCAGCAAUUCAAUUCGCUUUCUAUGCAACUCAAAAGUCCAACUUUUCCUGCGAAUCGAUCCCCAACAACAAAACUCGAAAAAAUCAUCCUUUACCAUAAUCAAAUUUUCAAUAUAGCGGUUGAGAGGAUAAUGAAAACCAUCAACCCUGCUUUCUUGUUCCUCACAUCAAUACUCCUCAUCCGCCUUUCAUCUUCCACCGCCCGCGACACCAUCAACCCCAAAACCCCACUCUCCGGCGACCAAACCCUCAACUCCUCCGCCAACCUCUUCGCUCUCGGAUUCUUCACCCCCACGGGAUCCACCAACUGCUACCUCGGCAUCUGGUACAACAACAUCAAAACCCAAACCAUAGUAUGGGUAGCCAACCGCGACUCCCCUGUUACUGGCAACUCCACCGACGCAAUCCUCUCCAUCUCCAGCAACGGCACCCUCCUCAUCACAAAUCGCAAUACAGGCGUCGUCGUCUGGUUCUCCCAGAACUCGACCUCCCUCGCCACCCCCAUCGCUCAGCUGCUCGACACAGGAAAUUUUGUCGUUCCUAAAUUAACCGGCGAAGAUGACGAGUUCGCUUGGCAGAGCUUCGACUACCCGACGGAUACCAUCAUUUCUGGAAUGAAGAUAGGAGUAAGCUUCGACACAGGCAUCAACCGCACGGUAGCGGCCUGGAAGUCGGAUACGGACCCCAGCUCCAGCAGCUACACCGCUUCCAUGAAUACCAACGGCGACCCGCAGUUGUACUUUAUGUCCGGAUCACAGAGGCUCUGGCGCAGCGGCCCAUGGGACGGCCUUCAUUUCUCCGGCGUACCGGACACCAGCUCAUACACUCAGUUCAACAUUACUUUCAGCUUCAUCAACAAUAAGAACGAAGUCACCUACUCCUUCCACACUCACAACCCAUCCAUCGUGACCAGGCUACUGGUGAACCAGUCGGGACAAGUGCAGCGCGCAAUCUGGCUAUGGGAUGCCGAGCAAUGGAACUUUUUCUGGCAGGCGCCGCGAGACCAGUGCGACAACUACGCAGCCUGUGGGCCAUUCGGUGUUUGCGACCCAAACACGUAUCCCGCCUGCGAGUGCGUGCAGGGAUUCGUGCCGAACAAUCCGACCAACUGGGAGCUAAGGUCUGGGAAAGAUGGGUGCGGGAGGAAGACGAAGCUCGAUUGUACGAAUGGGACGGAUGGGUUCGUGACGGUGAGCGGGGCGAAGGUGCCUGACACGGCGCAAGCGAUUGUCGACUUUAGUUUAGGGCUGGAUGCAUGCAAGGCAAAGUGUUUGAGGAAUUGCUCCUGCACGGCUUACGCGUUGGCGAAUCUCAGCAGCGGGAGCGGGUGUUUGAUGUGGGUUGCCAACCUCGUCGACAUCCGGCUUUUGGCAAACGGCGGCGGGCAGGAUGUCUACGUGCGAGUCGCGGCUGUUGAUUUGGGGUCAAUAUCUCAUAAUCAUACGAGUGAUCAGACGGCCGUGAUUGUGCCGACCGUUGUGGUGGGAGUCUUCCUUCUUGCCGGUCUGAGUUGGUGCCUCUGGAGAAGAAUGGGCAAAAGGCAGCGUAUGUCACGUACGAGCUCCAAUCAUAUUGAAGGCAAUGCAGAACAGGAACGACUACACAAUGACUAUGAGUUGCCUAUGUUUCCUCUGGAAAAAAUCACUGCUGCGACCAAUAACUUCUCGUCAGAAAACAAGCUUGGAGAGGGUGGCUUUGGUCCUGUCUACAAGGGUAGGCUUGAUGAUGGACAAGAAAUAGCAGUGAAGAGGCUUGCAAAGAGUUCAGUCCAAGGUCUUGAUGAGUUCAAGACUGAGGUAAUGUUAAUUGCCAAACUCCAGCACAGAAAUCUUGUGAGAUUGCUGGGUUUCUAUAUUCAAGGCCUUGAAAGAAUGUUGGUGUACGAGUAUUUGCCUAACAAGAGCUUGGAUGCUUACUUAUUUGAUAAAGCCAAAUCGGUGCUAUUAAAUUGGCGAACACGCUACGAAAUCAUAUUCGGAAUCUCUCGUGGCCUCCUUUAUCUUCAUCAAGACUCGAGGCUUCGAAUAAUCCACCGGGAUCUCAAAGCCAGCAACAUUCUCCUCGACGGAGAGAUGAACCCCAAAAUCUCAGACUUUGGCAUGGCAAGAAUUUUUGGUGGAGAUGAAACGGAAGUGAAUACUAAAAGAGUUGUGGGUACAUACGGAUACAUGCCGCCAGAAUAUGCAAUGGACGGCGUCUUCUCGAUGAAGUCAGAUGUAUUUAGUUUUGGAGUUUUGGUGCUGGAAAUCAUUAGUGGAAAGAGGAACAGAGGGGUUUACAGCAGUUCUCCUCACAUGAAUCUUCUUGGCCACGUAUGGAGUCUGUGGAAUGAAGAAAAUAGCCUGAAUAUAGUUGAUGAAACAAUGAACUCUGAUUUCUCAGUUGAUGAAGUUCUGAAGUGCAUAAAAAUUGGCUUGUUAUGUGUUCAAGAGAGGCCGGAGGAUCGGCCACUAAUGUCUUGGAUAGUUCUGAUGCUGGCUGGUGACAGUGGAUUGAGAUUGCCUGAGCCUAAACAGCCUGGAUUUAUUUCGAGACUUGCGGUAGAUUCUGACUCGUCGUCGAGCAAACAAGAUUCAACUACUGUAAAUUAUGAUAUAUCAGUUUCAAUUAUUGAAGGAAGAUAGACAGACAGACAUAUAGAUAAUUUUUUAGGAUUUAUUUAUUUGGUUUCAGGUGUUUGAGGAUUCAGAGACAGUUAUAGUUGAAUAUAGGUGCAGUAUGCUUUACAAUUGUUUUUUAUUUUUUUGGCUGUUUGGAUUUUUUUCCGGGAGGGAUUAAUGACUGUUUGGAAGAUGAAAUGGUUGCUUCUAUGAAGGGAAUUUCGAUAAGAACUAUCCUGUCGAUUUUGUAAGGAGCCGCUAGAUUUAUUUUCAUUGUUUUCGAGCUUUAUAAUACAAUGGCCUUUUUAGCUCAUAAU